UUGGUAACUAAGCUAUGCCCACGACCCGGGCAUAUCCCGGUAUAGGCUACAAAUAAGCUAUAGCCGCUUGCUGCGAAGUAUUAUCCCCAGCCACAGUGCACAUCGUUCUCUUUCUGACUCAUCGCUGCUAAUUCCCCAAACUGUGGUUCGGUCAUUGCGAUGACUUCCCAGCAAAACAACCGUGGUGCACUGACCAGUCCUGGGGGAGAAAAAAAAGGGCAGCACGUCUUGUGUAAAGUACUCGACUGUUGAUGAAAUGUUUGCCGCUGAUAUAAAGUGAGUUGAAGCACUUGAUGACGACACCUGUUCUGUAAUUUUUGCCAUCCAAUCUAGCACUACACGGAUGAAAUCCCUUAACUUCAACUUGAAGGAUAGACUCACAAGGGAGGAACUUGUAAAGUUCCUCCUAUGGUUCAAGAAUUUCUGCAUAAAGCAAUGGUUCUUUAUCGUGUUGGCGAUAUUCAUUGGUAUUGCUAAGGCAGCUCCAAACUUUGCACGCCAACAUGGGCUCAUAAGAGCUGAAUACACUAUAGGGUAUGGAGCGGUUGCUGUGAUUUUCUUACAGUCAGGAUUAUCGAUGAAGACAAGGGAUCUGCUGAAAAACAUGGGUAACUGGAGAGCACAUAUCACCGUGAUGGUGAUCUCCUUUUUGCUAACAAGCUCUAUAAUGUUCGGGCUUUGUUCGGCCAUCAAGAGUGCUAACAACGGUCACAUAGAUGAGUGGGUGCUUGUUGGGCUGAUUGUCACUGCAACUUGUCCAACUACAGUGUCUUCAAAUGUCGUCAUGACAACACAGGCGAACGGGAAUGCCCUGUUAUGCCUGUGUGAGGUAUUCAUAGGGAACAUGUUGGGAGCCUUUAUCUCACCUGCCCUGCUACAGAUGUACACCUCCAACUCUUCCUGGAGCUUUGCCAACCCUGCCAAUGGUAACAGUAUCGAGCGGUUAUACGGUGAUGUGAUGAAACAGCUUGGGUUGUCCGUCUUUGUUCCUGUGUUUGUUGGACAGCUGAUUCAAAAUUUAUUCCCUUCACAGACUAAGUGGUUCCUCACGACGUUUUAUUUCAACAAGGUGAGUAGUUUCUGCUUGCUUCUCAUUAUGUUUUCCUCCUUCUCAACGGCUUUCCAUCAACACGCUUUUGAAUCGAUACCUAAGGCAUCUGCGAUUUUCCUGGUAUUCUUCAAUAUCGGUAUCUAUCUAUUCUGGACGGGGAUUUGUUUCCUAUGUUCGAGGCCUUUCUUCAUCCCCAUAAUCUUCAAAGAGAAACCAACCACGGAGUCGUCAAGGUUCUAUACUUGGAGCUAUAAAUUCUUCAAACCUUUCUACUACAACAGAAGAGAUACUAUCUGCAUAAUGUUUUGUGGAGCAGCAAAGACCGCAGCAUUGGGUGUAUCUUUGGUUACUGCACAGUAUGGAUCCCAAUUUGAGUACUUGGGUAGACUAUUGGCGUCGUUGGUUUUGUAUCAGGCUCUUCAGGUUAUCACAGCACAAGUGUUGGUUCAUUGGUUCAAGAAAUGGGAGAAGAAGGACCAUCCCGAGGAUGCUCCAGGCGAUGAAGAGAUGGCGAAGGGAGGGGAUCAAGCGUCUCACAAUGACUUGGAACUAGAAGAAAACGAAGAAGAUGGCCCUCUCAAGGUUAAACUGAAGCAACGCCCACACCAGGUUGAGGGUGUAUAGAAUUUGCAUGUCGAUUACGACCAUUCGUUACGUGUUUGGUUUGGUUUUCAUAUAAAUCAUUAAUAUUAAUACAUACUGGAACUCACGUUCAUGCCCUAGU